CGAAAUUUCCCCCCAAGAUGCCGGUGACUUCCUCCCUUGAAAAAUCGGUAAAGCUUGAUGAUUUUCCCUUAUUUUCUUGUCCAAGAACCUGAUUUGGAACCCAGAAAUCUUUCCCCCCUGCAAGAGCUUCCGGAUCUACCUUGCUCUGCUUCUUCACCGCCGGCUGUUCCUUGCUUGUGAGUGCGAAUUGCCUUGAUUUUCUGCCCCGUGAAUUGCUCCUGCACUUGCGGCCGGCUUCUCCCCCCAGCCCAGCUCGGUUUUGCUUGCUAAUUUCUGGUUACUGUUCACGAGGUACUGUUCACGGGCACUGUUCACACACCGAGGGUCAACAAUUAACGGGGAUUUAAAUGUUUAGUUUGUGAUAUAAGAAUGAAUUUGGAGAUGUCCGGUUAUGUGAAGAUUGAUAGAAAUAGCACCGAGAUUAGGGGUAAUGCUAAUGAUGAUUUUACCUUGAAUUUGUGGUAGUGCGGUAUUAACUGUGAAAUAUUGUGAUUAAGUUUUGAUCAUUCUGUCACCGUAGCACUUGGGUUAGCCUUCUGUUUUGUGCGAGUGAGGUAAGUAAAUUAUGGUAAAGCUCUUCGAUUUUAAAGCAUGUUUUAAACUGUUUUUGAGAUGGUUGCAAGGUUUAAAUUGAUUUUAAAUUGAUUUUAUCAGUAGUUGAGUGUGAUUAAACUGAAAUGGAAAUUGUGAUGAUUUUAUGGGAAUUUCAUUGUUUUUCGGGAAUUGAGCGUGAUUAGCAUGAAAACGGGAAUUUCAUUGUUUUUUGGAAUUGAGCAUGAUUGGAACGAGAUUGUUUUUAUUGCAUCGAAUUUCGAUUUUGAAUUUCGGAUUUCGAUUGUGGAUUACGGAUUUCGAUUGUGAAUUUGGGAUUUCGAUUGUGAAUUAUGGAUUUCUUUUGUAAAUCUUGCAUGAUUUUGUCUCUGAUGUGGUCAUGUUUCUGAUGAUCCUGCUAGUGAGGGUUAAACGUUAGCACAUGUCGGGACAUGUUGAUACGUUAUUGAUGAUCCUGCUAGUGGGGGUUUAAACGCUAGCACAUGUCGGCACCUGUCGAUACGUUAUUGAUGAUCCUGCUAGUGGGGGUUAAACGCUAGCACAUGUUGGCACCUGUCUAUAUGCUAUUGAUGAUCCUGCUAGUGGGGGUUAAACACUAGUAAUUUCUGUCGCCCGACAGUGGGUGUUACACGCUAACCAUGACUGAUAGAUGAGACUACUACUGAAUUUGAUUAUGAUUCUGCAUUAACGGUUUGUCAGGAAACGUUUUGUUAUUGAACUGAAUCUGAUUUUGCAUUGACGGUUGUCAUUGAACGUUUUGCUAUUGAACCAAAUUUGAUUUCCGCAUUAACGGUUUAUCAGUGAAUGUUCUGUUAUAUUUACAUGGUUUAUCUGACAUGUUAAAAGUUUUACCCAAGGGCUAUCCAUAUUUACUUACUGAGUUAUCUCAUAGUUUUCUUUGUCCACCAUUUCAGGAAUCAAAACCGAGGACGGGGAAACCGAGGGGAGUGACGAGUUAGAAGUCUAGCCAUCUUGUAAUUGAAUAUGGAUUUUAGAUGUAAAUGAUGAUAUUGCAAGCUAGAUUGUAAUUGGAGAUCGUAUAAAUUCAUUUAGUGGAUUGUUAGUUUAUAAGAGAUUUGAUCUGGAGAUUUUGAGGUUCUCAUGUCGGACAUAGAAUUAUUUUGGG